AUGAGAAUUCAGAUCGGGCUUACCCUACUGGGGUGCUUACUAGCUGUCUGUUCAGGAUAUGAAUCUGAUCAGCAAGAAGGUGACCUAGCCGUAGCGGCGACAGGGCACAAGCGUGGACAUCAUUACGAGGAAGGCAGUGGCAAGGAACACCACGGCCAUCAUCAUCAUGAACAUGGCCAUAAGGAAACUAAGGGACAUAAAGGACAUCACCAUCACCAAAAAGGCGAGCAUGGUGAUCAUCACAAGCAUCAUCAUGCGGGACAUCAUCACGAACAUGGAGAUGGGCAUAAAAAGCACUGGGAUGAAGACAAACAUGACGGUCAUCACCAUGAGCACGGACAUUAUCAUAAGGGAGGCAAGCAUCAUCACAAGAAACAUCACGACAAAGGCGAAGAAAUCAAAGGAUAUCAUAAAAAAUAUCAUAAGGACGAAUUCCACAAGGACCAUCACUUUUACGACGACCAUCAUAAGGAGGGCAAGCAUCACAAGCACGGACAUCAUCACGGACACCACGACGAACAUGGAGGUCAUCACAAGAAAGGUGGCCAUCAUCAUUCCGGCCAUCACGAGCACCACCACGGUAAGGGUGGACAUCAUGACAAGCACCAUAAUGACGAAGAUCACAAAGGCCAUAAGGGACACUCCGGGUACGAGGAACACGAUCAUUAUCAGGACGACCACGGCAAGAAGGGUGGACACGAGGACCACAAGCACUGGGGAUUCCAUCACGGAAAGCACUGA